UUUAAAAAAUAUUGAGGUCAAAUAUUAUUGUGAUUAUUUUACACUGCAAAAGGGCAUUUAAAUGAAUUUAAAACGGGAUUAUUUUCCAUAAAAGCGCAAAGGAAAACAAGAGAAUAUAUUGUGUUUGUUUUAUUUUCAUUUUAAAGUCAAUGGAAGGUGAAAUAGCCCCAAGAGAACGUAAAAUUCGACGAGGCAUUGUGACUCUUAGUUCAUUUCAAGUUGCGUUAGGUGCUGUCAUAAUAGGCAUGUCGUUCACCGCCUUCGCUUCAACUUCUUCGGCGAAAAUACGUGGAGCAUCACCAUAUUGGGCAGGCUUUAUGGCACUUUUUACUGGUUCUGUUGGAUUUCUAACAUGGAAACAAUUGUCAAUAGUAUCUAUUGGAAUAUACACAUUUCUCUCAACAGCCAGCGUUGUUGUAAGUUUGGUAGCAACAGUCUUAACAGGGGACUCGGCUGGCUUUCUCAAGACGCUGAGCUUUUGCCGCGAAAUUAAAUUCGAACAUGCAUGUCAAUGUUGUGUUACCAAUGCAACAUGUUCCUACGAAUACAAGUUCUCAAGUGUGAGAGAUUGUAACAUUGUCAAUGGUUUUCUUAAAGAUGUCAUGUACAGUCUUUGUGUAGCAAAUAUUUUAUGCUGUAUAAUUAGUCUGACAGUCACACUGAUGGGGUGUACAUUAGGAGCUCAAUAUAGCCGCUAUAGUCAGAGUUGUGCAUUCCGUUGGUCACACCCAUCUGCACAGCCAGACUAUGACCAUCGCUACAACUGGUCACCGUUCCCUUCAGACCCUAUCAACAACCUACCACCUUGGGCUCCACCGAUUUAUUACCAAGUACCAACCACCCCUAGGGGUCUGAGUCAGUACAGACGACAACCACCAACCCUGUUUGAUUCUGUUGAUUUCCCACCUCCCUAUACAUCAAGGGAACCUUCAAUUGCUGGUCGAUGUGAAUCCCAUGGUUCACUAGGUGUGGGCUUCACCAUGAGACAGAAUGCAAUAUCCUGGGGCAGUUUUGGAAAUUCAAUAUUUCGGUUUUUUGGACAAGGUGCUGGGACUGUUUCAGAAGACAGUUUUGAUUACAUUGAUAGGACAGAUAUGAGGGACCUAGGUUCUAGUUCAGGCACUAGUGGUGGUAUGCUAACCCAUGAAAACAAUAGCCCCAGUCAUGCACCUGGUAGGCUUGAGAAUUUGGAAGAUGAAAUGUUGGAUGAAUCCCAAGAAGCUACUUUAUCAAGUGUCCAGGAACGAUUACCAUCCAGUUCAACAGAUUCUGACUCUGAGACACCACAUGAUACUGUGUUCAGGAGCGGUAGAGAAGCCCGUGAGCUAACUUUAGAUAGAUCAAGCACUGGCAGGGGCGAUAUCAACAAUCGUUUAGCUCGAAGUAAUGAACAUUUUGGACCCUGUGAACGUCCCUGGAUGCAACAGAUCAGAGGUACACCAUCUGAUAGCGUCGUUCAUUGUGCUCACGAUGAAAUACACAGUGACCACGUUACAAUUAAUGAUAAACCCUGGGAACGAUCACUGUCCGAAAAUGAGGCCCAGUGGUUGAGUGACACCCCUUCUCCGAUAACAAAAAAACGGGCCAACAGCACACCUUGCUACACAAUGGAUAAUGUAACAAAAUAUGGUGAUGAUACUACAAAUGAUUACCCUAGGCAAGUCUCAAUUGCCACAUCAGAGACAGCUGACGCUGAUAACCCAUGCUUAGAUCGCUCUGAUGAGAACCGUGAAAGCUUGUUCCGAAAUUUCACUGAGUCAAACAAACCAACAAGACCUAGGAAGAAGCGCAGGAGACCCAGAAACAAUCCUGGGCAUAUUUUAGAACAGCAUCCAUCACUGCGUAAGGAAAUACAAGAUGGUUCAAAAAUAGAGAGCGAUGUUGCCUGUUGUGAUUGUAAAGAAACGACGUUGUAAACCAUAGAAACUUUAUUGCAGAUAUAUUAUAUUGUAUACAUAUAUUAUUAUAUAUAUUAUAUACCAAAUGUAUUUGAAUUUUAUG